AUGGCUGGUGCUUUAGAAAAUGCUCGUAAAGAAAUCAAGAGAAUUUCAUUAGACGACCAUGCUGAAUCCGAAUAUGGUUUCAUCUAUUCUGUUUCAGGUCCUGUUGUUGUUGCUGAACAUAUGAUUGGUUGUGCCAUGUAUGAAUUAGUUAAAGUUGGUCAUGACACAUUAGUUGGUGAAGUUAUCAGAAUUGAUGGUGAUAAAGCUACUAUUCAAGUUUACGAAGAAACUUCUGGUAUCAGUGUUGGUGAUCCUGUUAUUAGAACCGGUAAGCCUUUAUCAGUUGAAUUGGGUCCAGGUUUAAUGGAAACCAUUUAUGAUGGUAUUCAAAGACCAUUAAAGGGUAUUAGAGAAAAGACUGAAUCUAUUUAUAUCCCAAGAGGUGUUGAUGUUCCAGCUUUAAGUAGAACUAUUAAAUGGAAUUACACUCCUGCCAAACUUAAGGUCGGUGAUCAUAUCUCAGGUGGUGAUAUUUUCGGUUCUAUUUUCGAAAAUUCUUUACUUGAUAACCAUAAAAUCUUGCUACCACCAAGAGCAAGAGGUACUAUUACCUGGAUUGCUGAAGCUGGUGAAUACACAAUCGAUGAAAAAUUAUUAGAAGUUGAAUUUGAUGGAAAGAAAUUCGACUACACUAUGUACCACACAUGGCCUGUUCGUGUUCCAAGACCAGUUGCUCAAAAAUUAUCUGCCAGCUACCCUCUAUUGACUGGUCAAAGAGUUUUGGAUGCUUUGUUCCCAUGUGUUCAAGGUGGUACUACAUGUAUCCCAGGUGCUUUCGGUUGUGGUAAAACUGUUAUUUCUCAAUCAUUAUCAAAAUAUUCUAACUCAGAUGCCAUUAUUUACACUGGUUGUGGUGAAAGAGGUAACGAAAUGGCCGAAGUCUUGAUGGAAUUCCCAGAAUUAUAUACUGAAAUUAGUGGCCGUAAAGAACCUAUUAUGAAACGUACAAUUUUAGUAGCAAAUACUUCUAAUAUGCCAGUGGCAGCCAGAGAAGCUUCUAUUUAUACUGGUAUCACGUUAGCUGAAUACUUCAGAGAUCAAGGUAAGGAUGUUGCUAUGAUUGCUGACUCCUCAUCUAGAUGGGCCGAAGCUUUAAGAGAAAUUUCUGGUCGUUUGGGUGAAAUGCCUGCUGAUCAAGGUUUCCCAGCUUAUUUGGGUGCCAAAUUGGCUUCUUUCUACGAAAGAGCUGGUAAAGCUACUGCCUUAGGUUCACCAGACCGUGUUGGUUCUGUUUCUAUUGUUGCUGCCGUUUCUCCAGCUGGUGGUGAUUUCUCCGAUCCAGUUACUACUGCUACUUUAGGUAUCACACAAGUAUUUUGGGGUUUGGAUAAGAAAUUAGCACAAAGAAAGCAUUUCCCAUCUAUCAACACUUCUGUCUCUUAUUCUAAAUACACCACUGUCUUGAACAAAUUUUAUGAAUCAAACUACCCAGAAUUUGCUACUUUGAGAAAUCGUAUUAAGGAAAUAUUGUCUAAUGCUGAAGAACUGGAACAAGUCGUUCAAUUAGUCGGUAAAUCUGCCUUAUCAGACAGCGAUAAAAUUACUUUGGAUGUGGCUACUUUAAUUAAGGAAGAUUUCUUACAACAAAAUGGUUACUCUUCAUACGAUGCCUUCUGUCCUAUUUGGAAGACCUAUGAUAUGAUGAGAUUAUUUGUUUCUUACUACGAUGAAUCCCAAAAAUCAGUUGCCAAUGGUGCCAUUUGGUCUAAAUUAAGUGAAGCUACAAGUGAUGUUAAGCAUUCUGUCUCUUCAUGUAAGUUUUUGGAACCAAGCAGAGGUGAACAAGAAGUUCAUUCUGAAUUCGAAAAAUUAAUGUCUAAUCUUCAAGAGAGAUUUGCCGAAUCUACUGACUAA